CGGACAGCGCACGCCGGCAACAUGGCUCCGAUCACCGCCAGCCGCCAGCAGUUCGAUGAAAUUCCUACAGUGGUUGGGAUCUUUAGUGCAUUUGGCCUUGUCUUCUCUGUCUCCCUGUUUGCUUGGAUCUGCUGCCAACGUAAAUCUUCCAAAUCCAAUAAGACCCCUCCAUACAAGUUUGUCCAUGUUCUGAAGGGGGUCGAUAUUUACCCAGAGAAUCUUAACAGUAAGAAGAAGUUUGGAGCAGAUGACAAAAGUGAAGCAAAGAACAAAUCAGCAGUGCCAAAGAAUUCUCUCCAUCUUGACCUGGAGAAGAGAGAUCUAAAUGGCAACUUCCCCAAAACAACCCCUAAAAACCAGAGCUCUCCAGAUCCUGAAAAUUUGUCUCCUAAUCAUUUUUCAGAAAGGAAGAAGGAUUCAGUAUCCCCUGAUAGUUUAAAAUCCAUGGCUUCCCUGUCCUCUGAAGAUAAACAAGAUAAGCUAGGAACUCUCUUUUUCUCCUUAGAGUAUAACUUUGAGAAAAAGGCAUUUGUAGUGAACAUCAAAGAAGCACGUGGGCUGCCAGCAAUGGAUGAACAAUCAAUGACUUCUGAUCCCUAUAUCAAAAUGACAAUCCUGCCUGAGAAGAAGCACAAAGUGAAAACCAGAGUGCUGAGAAAAACCUUAGAUCCAGCUUUUGAUGAGACUUUCACGUUUUAUGGGAUCCCAUAUAGCCAAAUUCAAGACUUAACACUCCACUUUAUGAUCUUGAGCUUUGACAGGUUUUCCAGAGAUGAUGUCAUUGGAGAAGUGCUCAUUCCCCUCGCAGGAACUGAACUGUCUGAAGGAAGGCUGCUAAUGGACAGAGAGAUCAUCAAAAGAAAUGUUAGGAAAUCAUCUGGGCGUGGAGAAUUAUUGAUCUCUCUCUGUUAUCAGUCUACAACAAACACUCUCACUGUGGUUGUCUUAAAAGCCAGACACCUACCUAAAUCUGAUGUGUCAGGAUUAUCAGACCCCUAUGUCAAAGUGAACCUGUACCAUGCUAAGAAGAGAAUUUCUAAAAAGAAAACCCAUGUGAAGAAAUGCACCCCAAAUGCAGUGUUCAAUGAAUUGUUUGUUUUUGACAUUCCUUGUGAGGGUCUUGAUGAUAUCAGCAUUGAAUUUUUGGUUUUAGAUUCAGAUAGGGGGUCAAGGAAUGAGGUCAUUGGUCGGUUAACCUUGGGAUCUUCAGCAGAAGGAACAGGUGGAGAGCAUUGGAAAGAAAUCUGUGAAUAUCCUAGGAGACAAAUUGCCAAAUGGCACAUGUUGUGUGAUGGUUAGCAACUUAAAGAGGG